UUGUUCUUUCACUUUAUUUUCGUUUUUUUCCGCGUAGUAUCGUUUAUAUCCUUUUUAUGUUCUUUCUGUUAUCAGCCUUCUUUAUUCUAUUUCUUACACAUCGUAGGCGAACAACAAGUGUUCUGGGUCGAUGCCAUACAAGCAGACAAUGGUAGCCAGACUCGGAUUAUGUAUAGCAACGCCAAACCUAUUGGUAACGGCUCCUUUGGAAUGGUUUUUCACGCUUUUCUUGGGGACCAAAAGGAAGUAGCAAUAAAAAAAGUCUUGCAGGAUAAACGAUAUAAAAAUAGAGAGUUGCAAAUUUUGAAAGAACUCCGGCAUUCUAACAUAGUAGCACUCAUCUACUACUUUUAUUCUGUCUCGACUUCAAAGCCAACUGAAAUGUACCUUAAUCUGGUUCAGGAGUUUGUUCCACAGACUUUAAGUCGACUUAUCAAACACUAUUGGCGGCAAAGACAAAUAAUUCCUCUUGCAUACGUAAAAUUAUAUAGUUUUCAAUUGCUUCGCGGCCUUGCUUACGUCCAUGGCCGCAAUAUCUGUCAUCGAGACAUCAAGCCACAGAAUCUGCUUGUAGAUCCAGCGUUUGGAAUCCUAAAAAUGUGUGACUUUGGCAGCGCCAAAGUUCUCGUGCCCGGUGAACCUAACGUUUCCUAUAUUUGCUCACGGUAUUAUCGAGCUCCCGAACUCAUCUUUGGUGCCACCGAAUACACUGUAAAAAUUGAUAUGUGGUCUGCUGGCUGUGUGAUUGGCGAACUGCUCUCUGGUCGUCCCCUCUUUCCAGGCGAGUCGGGUGUUGAUCAAUUAGUCGAGAUCAUUAAGGUGCUUGGGACACCAAGCAAUGACGAGAUUCGCGCCAUGAACUCGCAGUAUUCCGAAUUCAAGUUCCCCAACAUUCGUGGGCAUGAUUGGGAAAAAAUAAAUAUUGAAGAUUAG